AUGGCCGAAGUGAAAAACGCAUUGGUGCCAGCUUUCUCCGCUGUCUCGACCAACAACCUGACCUUGCCGAUUUAUAUUGAACCAAAGGACCAGAAGAUAAUCUUCGUCAAUUUUGAAUUAGACUUCUUCUAGAGCUUGGCGCUGCUCAUCACUCGAUCCGAUCAGCGACAGCUUUGCAGCGUUGAUAGGAAUAAAGUGUGGGUCCGAUGCACGAGUGCGGGUGCAUAAAUCUCACUGGACUCUUCCUCUCCAUGCACCGACCCCAAAUGCAUAUGCGCCGCGUCGGUCAUCAUCUUGUUCUUGCCUGUCAUCUUGAAGUGAAAUCAGAUGUGAGCGACACGUCAAAUAGCCACGUUCUUCACAUAUCGUACUCGUGCUUCUUUUCUAAGUCAUCGAUUCCAUUUCGCUGCGGCGCCUUUUUCUUGAAAGAAACCCCACUUGCAGUUCCUAAGUCAGAGACGUUUUCCUCAAACCACAGCCAAGUACUUUCAGAGGCACACUGGAUAGCAUCGCGAAUUUUCCGCCGCGAACUAGCAUCCUUCGUCGAAAUCGUCCAUCCAUGGACCGCGGCCUUCUGGUAGCCCCCCCCAUCCAGCGAAGCACGUCUGGAUGACCACCUUGCACGGCCGCCUUCUUCCAAAUUGGCGUGAUUCUCUGAAGUAAGCAGGCAAGGGUGUAUCUUGAUGCGUCGUUCUCGCAAGCAGCCGUGAAGACUUUGUGACCCAGGAACGGAGUCAAAUACUCAUCGAUAGAUCGAACAACAUGGGCCAGCGCGUUACCGUUUGCCGGUAAGCUUAGACUGUGCUUCACGACAAAUCGUGCGAUUUUUAU